AUGGAGCCCAUCGACCUCGUACCGAGCGGCUACAGGUUCCUUCCCACGGCGGAGGAACUCUUGGUUGACUACCUCGCCAACUGGGUCGCCGGCGCACCCCUCCCUGGCAGCGCUGUCGCCUUCGCGGACGUCUACGGCACCGAGCUGUGGAAUCUUCUCGGCAGCGAUCGGCAGGAGGGCUAUUUCAUUGCGGAACGCAAGCCCAAGAACAGCGGCAGCUCGCGCGUCGAUCGAAAGGCCGGCAACGGUUCUUGGACUCUGUACAAAAAGCAAGAACCCGUCAAGUCCAUGGUCGGUGGGCGCGAGAUGGUGGUCGGGCGAAAGAGCUGCCUUUCUUUCAACGAUGGCCGGCGGAAGAACUCCGGGUGGACGAUGUACGAGUUCGAGAUGUCAUUCUUGGCUUCGUCUUCGUCGUCGGUCGAUCUUGGCGGUGAGCAGAACUGCACCGACGAUGCGUUCUUCGCCAGAGAGCUUGAAGCCUUGCUGAUGUCGGAUGACACCGACACAGCCACGACUACCAUCCCCAAGGCCUCACCGCCAGGCCUUGUCGAUCUUCUCUCGAUGCCCGAUGACACUCGGAAUGAUUCGACCACGGUCGCAGAUGUUUCCUCCUCAUCGUCGUCGAUAAACUUGGUUGCAUGUGAGCAGAUGUACAGCACCGACGAUGACUUCUUCGCGAGCCUGGAACAGGUCCAUGCCUUGUUGAUGUCCGAUGACACGAUUCCAGCCUUGGUGAUGUUUGGCACCAACACUGAUUCAACCACGGUCGCAGCGGCUUCGUCGUCAUCAUCGAUCGACAUUGUUGAGUGUGAGCAGACGGAGAUCAUAGAUGAUAAUGACGACGACUUCCUGCAAAGGAUUGAAGCCCUCAUGAAGUCCGAUGACACCCCUAUUGAUUCGACUAUGACCUGGUGGUUGGAUCCAUAG